AACUCUCCCUUUUUCUUCUUCACAGCAAAACCCUAGUGGUCGAAAACCUCCACAGGCAAACAUACAUAGAGAAAUUGCCAUCGACAAACCCUCCGACUGCCGCAACCACAAUGAGCUCCGCCACCCCAGCCACCAUUUAUGCCCUACUUCUCUUGGCACUCAUCGCUUUAUCUAAUAUUGUGAAACAACAGUUUCGUUACAAAACCAUCAGAAACAAACAUAAUCCAUUCCCACUCCCUCCGGGCCCUGCCCCAUGGCCGGUGGUCGGUUGUGCCCUGGGCAUGCUUCGCAACAAGCCUGCGUUCCGGUGGAUCCAUCGCCUGAUGAAGGAGAUGGACACCGAGAUAGCAUGCAUCCGUCUAGGGAGCACGCACAUCAUUCCAGUCACCAGUCCAAGGAUCGCCCAAGAAUUCCUCAGGAAACUGGACUCGUCGUUCGCCUCAAGGCCGGUUUCGAUGGCAUCCAGCACAUUAAGCAGCGUCUACUUGACGGCAGUCCUCUCGCCCUACGGGGAGCAAUGGAAGAAGAUGAGACGGGUCUUGGUAUCGGAGGUAGUGUGCCCAGCACGGCACAAGUGGCUUCACGACAAGAGAGCAGCGGAAGCCGAUAACCUAGUGAGGUAUGUCUUUAACCUAUGCAAAACCUCAGGUCAUCAAGUGAACUUGAGAACCACUACGAGGCACUAUUGUGGGAAUGUGAUAAGGAGGUUGAUGUUCAACAAGAGAUACUUUGCCAAGGGAAGGCAAGAUGGAGGACCAACCAUUGAUGAAGAACAACACGUGGAUGCAAUAUUCAAUGCACUGCUCUAUCUCUAUGCAUUUUGUGUUUCUGAUUACUUUCCAUUCUUGGUGGGGCUUGACCUUGAUGGGCAUGAGAAGGAAGUAAAAGAUAGUGCGAGGACUCUUAGGAGGUUACAUGAACCCAUAAUAAGCGAGAGGAUCAAACGAUGGAGGGACAAUUUGAGUUCAGAGAGUAAUGAAAAAGAGCCUCAAGACUUAUUGGAUGUUCUAAUAAUGCUUAAAGACUCGAAAGGGAUGCCAUUGCUGAUGCCACAAGAAAUUCAAGCCAUAACCACGGAGAUUAUUCUUGCUGCGGUGGACAAUCCAUCAAACGCUGUCGAAUGGGCAAUGGCGGAGAUGAUAAAUCAGCCAGAGCUCCUUCACAAAGCCACAGAAGAAAUAGAUAGAGUUGUGGGUAAGGAGAGGUUAGUCCAAGAAUCCGACAUCCCCCAGCUCAACUACAUUAAAGCAUGUGCUCGGGAAGCUUUUAGGCUCCACCCGAUCGCGCCCUUCAACGUUCCACAUGUAGCCUUGUCGGACACCGUGGUGGCCGGCUAUCACAUCCCCAAGGGUAGCCAUGUCCUUUUGAGCCGGGUCGGCCUCGGAAGAAACCCCGAGAUUUGGGACGAACCCCUUAAGUUCAAGCCAGACCGACACACUAUGAGUGACCAAGUAGAGGUCGUGCUCACAGAACCUGAACUGCGGUUCAUUUCUUUUAGUACUGGCCGACGCGGGUGCAUUGCCGCCACGCUCGGGACAACAAUGACCGUGAUGCUCCUCGCUAGGUUAAUCCAAGGGUUCAGUUGGAGUAAACCGUCCAAUUUGUCGAGCAUCAACCUUGCCGAGUCAAGAAAUGACCUGUUCCUCGCCGAACCACUAGUAGCUCAAGCGGAGCUGCGCUUGCCAAGUCAUCUCUAUCUUGCAUAGAUACAAGUGCAAAGUCAUGGUGGUGUAGAUGUAUUAUAUGCAUAAUCGAUAUUAAUAAAAUAAUCCAGAUGUCCAUUAGAUAAAAGCCAGACACCCCAAAUAAGAGUGAAUCACGGGCUCAUACUGGAGUCAUAUUCUGACGUAGUGAUGCAUAAAUUCUGUGUCUUCAAUAUAAUCUCCACCUCUUGAAAUAGAGUAAGUCCAACAGUUGUAUGUGUGUUAUUACAACUAUAUAUGAAGUUGUUUGGAGCAAUUGCUAUUA